UCCUCCUGACCCGGAAGAAGGAAGAGAUUUCGCAAACAGAGGAAAGUCUGUUGACAGAAGAAAUCACACCUGAGUUUUAACACCUUUUACCGUCUUAUUAAAGCCGUCCAGCAUCGCAUUCAGCUACUUUGGACUCAGCAGGAGCUCUCAAGGUAUGGAACAUGGCAGCACCUGAAACACAGUUUAUGUUAAGCGUCGGACUAAUCGAGAAAGAUGUGAAUGGAGACACACUGUGGGUGUGGUGCUAUCCCUCUGUGGGCUCAGACUUGAGGCAAGUCCUGCUCAGCAAGUGCUGUCUGACAAAGGACAGCCGGGAUUUCCACACCUUUGUGUUUGGUCAGUUCUGUCGCACCUGGUACUACAUCACCACAGCGGAGGUGCAGGAACCUACAGCACUAAACAAGGUCACUCAUUUUUCAAUAGUUGUUACAGCAAAAGACUUCAAUCCUGAGAAGUAUGCUGCACUCAGUAGAAUACUCUGCAGGAUGUACAUCAAACAUGGCAGCCCAGUGAAGAUGAUGGAGGCUUACGUCACCGUCCUCACCAAAGGAAUUUGCCAGAGUGAUGAAAACGGCUCAUUUCUAAUUAAGGACUACGAUGUUCGGAAAGCGUACUUGGCUGGUUCAGUCAAAGAUGUGGUGUCUCAGUUUGGUAUGGAGACGAUCAUCCUGUAUACCGCUCUCAUGCUGAAGAAGAGGAUCAUUGUUCAUCAUCCUCGGAUUGAAGCAUUGUUGGAGUUUACAAGAGUUUUGCCGACUCUGACGUGGCACAGGAAAGACUGGUCCAUCGUGCACCCGUAUGUGCAUCUGACUGAUACUGAGCUAGAGGAUCUCAAGAGAUGCCCCGGAUAUGUAGCAGGGUUUGUAGAUCCUGAAGUGAGCAACAGGUCGGACUUGUUUGAUGUGUAUGUGAACCUCCCAGACAGCGUCAUCACAGUAUCCCAGAGCGCCAAAGAGGCCAUGGCGAUGGGGAAGCUGCACAAGGACAUUGGUCACCUCAUCGUCCAAUCUGCUGAGGACGCUGAGAGGUCAGACAGUCAGGUCAUUAAGGAUAUUUCUGUCAAGACAAAAGAGAUCCUUGCCAACUUGGUGGCCCUGGCCGACGAGUGUGAAGACUCUAAAAUCACACUGGAAGGUUUAAAGCAGCAUCAUUUCCCUCCGGCGACGGAGAACUUCCUCUUUCAUUUGGCAGCUGCCGAGCAGCUCUUACGGAUAUAAACCUGUUUUUAGACGCCGUGCUGCAGGAUGACGUUACCGUCAAACAGCACGGACUCUAGCUGUGCUGUUCUGUAUAUAUUUGCAAUAAUUGAAAUGAAAGGCUUGUGCACACUCACUGUUACCAUGUGAGUGUGCACAAGACACUUUCUCACAGUGAUCUUUACGUGACGUAGGAAAGUGUCACCAGCACUGUUGUGCUAAUAUGUGACAUGACUCACAUCUUGUACCGAUACCAAUUUAAUUGCCAACAAAUCCUAUGAAAAGACCAAAAACAGGUGAAUUGAUCCUAUGAAGUAUUGACUGUGUAUCCAAAAGCAAAAAAUCUUAUUCCUUUGAGCUCCAUUUUGGUCAUUUAAAAAAAA